GUCUAACUACAUCCGGUUACGGCUAGCUACAGUAGCAUUGAUCUUUGACAGCACUUGUAAACACUUUAACAACACGUGUGUUAAUUGUUUUACUGAACUCGUUGCUCUCUAAAUGUAUUAAAAUGCUCGUCAAUCGCUGUUUUCGACUGUGCUCUUUUUGUAGCCGUGUGGUUUACAGCAGCAGAGGAAGAAGAGCAGGAUGGAGGACACCUACAGGACGCACCGGUCUGAAACAUGUUUACAUCACUCAGGUGCAACACUGGGGCACAGAAGCACCACGACGCCUCUAUCACAGGGAUUUGGGGGACUUGUACAAGACCGAGUCUGUUCAGCGGUAUCUCCAGCAGCUCAUGGAGGAGUUCAGAGACAUUAGCAAGAAGUUACAGCACACAUACCUCAGCGAGUCGGACAGAAAAGUGCUUCUGAAGAAACACACAGAGCUGCUGCCUCUGGCAAACGAGUUUGAGAGGAUUGAACAAGCCCUGAAAGACCUCGAGGAAGUCCUUUCACUGCUGCAUAGUUCAGCCGGUUCCAAAGAUGAAGAUGAACAAUUGACCCAGCUGUUGAAAGAGGAGGAAGCACACUUCUCCUGCAAGAUUUUGGCCUCAAGGAAAGAUUUGGUCAAAGCUCUGGUGCCCACCGACCCUCUUGACUCAAGUAAUAUUCUGCUGGAGGUUGUAUCAGGACGAACAACAGGAGGUGACAUCUGUCAGCAGUUCACCAGAGAAAUGUUUGACAUGUACCAGGGUUUUGCCUUUUACAAGAAUUGGGACUUUGAGCGUCUGAACUACACGCCUGCUGAGUUUGGUGGUCUGCACCAUGCAGCAGUGAGAAUAGCUGGGGACAAUGUGUACAGACAUCUAAAGCAUGAAGGAGGAACUCACCGGGUGCAAAGGAUCCCUGAGGUGGGCCUCUCCUCCAGGAUGCAGCGUAUCCACACAGGGACCAUGACUGUCAUCAUCUUGCCUCAGCCGGUGGAGUUUGACGUCCACAUUGAUCCAAAGGAUCUUCGCAUCGACACAUUCAGAUCUCGAGGUGCCGGGGGCCAAAGUGUCAACACCACAGACAGCGCAGUUCGCAUCGUUCACCUUCCCACCGGUACAACAGCUGAAUGUCAGCAGACUCGCUCUCAGCUGCAAAACCGAGACACUGCCAUGCGUGUGCUGAGGGCCCGGCUCUACCAGAGCAUGAUGGGUAAAGAGACUGCGCAGAGGCAUACAGCACGGAAGCAGCAGGUGGGCACACGUUCCCAGUCAGAGAGGAUUCGUACUUACAACUUCAGCCAAGAUCGUGUCACAGACCACAGGACUGGAUAUGUUGCUAGAGAUAUUAAGGAGUUCAUGAGAGGAGGGGAGGCUCUCCAUGAUCUGAUCGCUGAUGUACUUGAGCAUGCAGAGAGGGAGGCUCUUCUGGAGGUGGUGGAGAGCAGCAGCAGCCCGAAACCAGCGGAGUGUGGACAAUCUGCAGACUGACACUAAACAUGCAGUAUGCCAUUUAGUGGAUGGGGGAUAAAAUAUACUUAUUUAUUUUAAUAUUAAUGUAAGCUUGUGCAAUAGUCAGCCAAACUGCAGUUCACUCAUACUUAAGGUUUUUAUUUUUCUAAUAAAACUUUGAAUAAUGUGUUUGUGUCAUGGUAAUUCCCUAAAUAGUAAUACAUAUUUAUAAAUGAUCAAUACUUUACACUGCUUUAGGAUAAACCAAUUUCAUAUUCUUAGUUUUAAAACUGAACUAUAGUAAGUUAAAAGCUGCACAUAUCUUCUAAAAAAAUUAUUAUGUAUUGCUAAUGCCAAAAAUGUCUUUCUUUCUUUUCAUGAAUCCUUUCAUCAUAAAGUGCAGUAAAGCUGACUUUUUAUGUUGAAUGUAAACAGACUGUCGGUAAACAUCCUUCAUAUCAGGGUGCGGUGAAACCACCUAUCAGCUUUAUACACACACACACACUCACCAAAAACAUGUCCCACCCUGCAUGUGUGUGCCAGCUGACCAACAACCCCCACUAUUUUUUCUCUACUCAUUGAUUACAAUUAAUAUUGUUUCGCCUUCAUACAGUUACAUUUCAAAAUCAUAAUUUACAUUUUCAGUAUCCGGACGGUCAUCAUUUAUUGAGAUCACAUGUUUCCAUCUUUGAUCUUGCUGCUUUAUGAGAGUUUGACAAUCAAAUAUAUGUUUCCACAAUAAGAAAAAUACAAAUAUGGAAAAUAGAAAACGUUAUUAGAAUAGCUGUAUAUAAGUAAAUCUGCCCGUACCAGACAACAGGAUGAAAUGACAAUAUUGUAUACAUGAGAUAAGACUAGAAAAGUGUUGCACACCUUCAUGAUGACAGAUGUCCAUACAAAGAAUGUGGAUCGCGUCCAGUGGUAGACAUUUUUAUGAUAAGAAAUAAUAAACAUAUUUUAAGCUUUUUUGAAGAAACACCAUUUUUUUUCAUUCUCAGCUCAAUUUGUCUUAAAAAAGGUGUGUGCAUCUUAUGUAAAGAAAAGAAAAACACUACUAAUACAUUUAAUAUGCUUGAAAAAU